AUGAAGCCUGCAAUCCAGUUAAGCUUGUGUGUGGUCCUUAUAUCGGUUUACGGAGAAGGCGAUGAAGUUCCCCCGUCAUUCAAAGCAAAACUUUAUCAACAUCUUAAGAGUUUUCGCUGGUCUUGGAAACUAACUGGAUCCCAGGUUAAGACUGUUCAUCCUGUUUCCUUCAAAGUGAAUGUCGUCUCCACAUAUGAUGUAACGAAAUUAUCCAAGGAUGUAUUUCAAGACGUUCAUAAGUACAAGGAUUGUUCAAUCAUAUUGAAGAAAAAUUCCGGUCGGAAAGGAAAGGAUGGUGUAUAUACAAUUUAUCCGGAUGGAAACCGAAAAAAGAAAGUGUAUUGUGACAUGACAACAAAAGGAGGGGGCUGGACGGCAAUACAAAGAAGACAGGACAAUUCUACAGACUUUUACAGGACGUGGUCAGAAUAUAAACAAGGAUUUGGGGAUCCCUCUAAAAACUGCUGGAUUGGAAAUGACGCAAUCUAUGAGUUGACAAAGAACAAGGACCAGGAACUCCGGGUUGAGCUACAAAGAUUUAAUGGAGACGAAGCAUACGCUCAAUAUUCCACAUUUUAUGUCGGGGACGAAGCCAGUAAAUACGUACUCACUGUGUCAGGGUAUUCAGGAACCGCAGGUAGGUGUACUCAUAACGCUGAU